AUGGCUGAAAUCAGAACCAUUUUAGUACCGCAAAAUCGUAGGUCACCACUUAAGGAUUCAUGGAAAACAAUAGCUGAGAUUUUGACGAAGCAGCUGAAACUGAUGGUCUGUGUUAAAACAAGUAAAAGGCACUGGAAAGUAAUGCUGCGUACUUCACCCGAAACAACUGAUGCACAGCAUCUUCAUAAAGGCGUUGAUUUCGUCUCAGCGUUUAUUAAAGGCUUCACAGUUCAAGACGCUCUUGCUAUUGUGCGUAUUGAUGGAAUAUAUGUUGAAAGCUUCCACAUCUCGGACGUUCGCCAGCGCCUUCGGGGUGAUCACAUGGCACGGGCCGUGGGUCGGAUCUGCGGUGCCAACGGUCGUGUGCGCUUAUCAAUAGAAAAUGCUACCCGGACGCGUAUUGUCGUGGCCGAUCAAACCAUUCACAUCCUUGGCAGCAAUGAGCGAAUCGCGGUUGCUCGAAAGGCCAUAUGCAACCUUAUAAUCGGGUCUCCGCCUAACAAGAUUUUUGGACGCGUACAGAAUCAAGCUGCAAGACUUGACUCGACUUUUUAG